AUGAAAGCGGUUAUCCAAAGAGUAAAGUCGGCGUCGGUUACAGUGGACGAAAAAUUAAUAUCUUCCAUCGGUCGUGGUCUUCUUGUUCUUGCCGGUGUGGGAAAGGGGGAUACCGAGAAGGAUGCGGAUACACUCAUUAGCCGCAUAUUGAAAGCAAAGCUUUGGCCUACAGAGGAGGGAGGACAAUGGAAACGAAACGUACAGGAUAUCGAAGGCGAGGUGCUUUGUGUAUCACAAUUUACACUAUACGGCCAAUUGAAGAAAGGCAGCAAGCCCGAUUUCCACGACGCUGCCGACGUUGAGACAGCUCGCAAAUUGUACGACUACUUCUUUCAACGACUGCAGGAUGCCUACAAGCCCGAACGGGUUCAGAACGGCGUCUUUCAGGCCAUGAUGGAUGUCGAACUGAAGAAUGAUGGGCCGGUGGGUGUGAAUUACCGCAGUGAGGAUGCGGCGGUCACAAUCGAGAUCAACACUCAGCUACCGAAGAAGGAGAAGCAGCCAGGAGAGGAGGAGAGCAAGCGGAAAGGCGAACGGAAAGAUGGAGAAACGCAAACCAUCGAAUUCGAACUUCCGGCAUCAUUGCUGGAAUAA